AAUUAGCGUGUUUUCUUAUUCAAGUUUCUAGUGUUUGUGUUGCGGUUGAAGCAGAGCAUUUCGACAUGUCUCUUGCUGCAGAGGCUUUCGUCUCUCAGAUAGCAGCCGCAGAGCCAUGGCCGGAAAACGCCACGCUCUACCAGCCUUUGAGGGAGGAUCAAAUCCUCCUGUCUGAUUGUGCAUCAUCUUUGGCAGUUCAGGCGUACCUCAGGAUGUUGGGUCUGCCGGUGCGAGUACGUUGCCGUGCUAAUGCUGAGUACAUGUCACCUUCAGGGAAAGUUCCUUUCAUCCAUGUCGGUAAUCAGGUUGUUUCAGAGCUGGGGCCGAUCGUGCAGUUCACAAGAGCCAAGGGCCACUCUCUGAGUGACAGCCUGGAUGAUGUGCAGAGAGCAGAGAUGAAGGCUUACAUGGAACUGGUCAACAACAUGCUGCUCACAGCGGAGUUGUAUAUUCAGUGGUGUGAUCAAAAUACAGCUGCAGAGAUCACGAGGCCGCGCUACAGCAGUCCAUACUCUUGGCCUCUGAAUCACGUUCUGGCCUAUCAGAAGCAGUGGGAGGUCCGGAGGAAGAUGAAUGCUAUCGGCUGGGCAGGAAAGAGUCUUGAACAGGUGUACGAGGAUGUUAGUCAGUGUUGUCAGGCUCUCUCACAGCGACUCGGAACCCAGCCUUUCUUCUUCAAUAAACAGCCGACUGAACUGGAUGCGCUGGUGUUUGGACACCUCUUCACAAUCCUGACCACGCGCCUCACCACCGACGAGCUCAGCGAGAAGAUCAAGUCCUUCAGCAACCUGCUGUCCUUCUGCCGAAGAAUCGAACAGGCUUAUUUUGAAUCGCAGGACAGAGACAGCCAAUCAGGGGCCUUGGAUUACUCAAAAGGUCCCUCCCUUAUGUGAGGCCUUGCCCCCUUGCCUUCCUUUUAACCACUGAUCUGAAGUCAUGUGAGAAAGUGAUAUGACUGCUCCUGAGGCAUUGUACCAUGAUGAGUCUAUUGCACGCGCAGAUUAGUGUUAAGAGAGGAGGUCAGAUCAAUUGGACACACCCGACGUUCCUCUGUAUUUAAAAAUAGUCCGACAUUCUUUCCAUCGAUCUGUUCUGCCUGAUCACUGCAUAAGCAGGUCUGAAUAUACAAUAGUAUAGAUCAAGAUUGAAAUAUCUAUUAGGUGCAAUGUUCUUUUGACAUACAAAUACUAUACUCCUCAGGGGUUUGUCUCUGAUCUUGUGUGUAUCUAAACAGUACGUAUGAAAGAGCACUGUAAUUCCGAAAUGAUACUUUCUUUGAAGAGAUGUACAUACCUCGAAUUAAAGCUGAUAUCCUGC